AUGACGUUCAGUCUGAAUAUUAUUCUGUUCCUAGCCUUGCAUCUCUUGCCUGGGGUAAAAAGCUCAAUGGUGAAUUUUAACGGCAAUGGAUAUGAUGGCAUUGUCAUUGCAAUUAAUCCCAGUGUGCCAGAAGAUGAAAAACUCAUUCAAAAUAUAAAGGAAAUGGUAACUGAAGCUUCUACUUACCUGUUUCAUGCCACCAAACGAAGAGCUUAUUUCAGGACUGUAAGCAUUUUAAUUCCAAUGACCUGGAAGUCAAAAUCUGAGUACUUAAUGCCAAAGCAAGAAUCAUAUGACCAGGCAGAUGUCAUAGUUGCUACUCCUUACCUAAAAUAUGGAGAUGAUCCUUAUACACUUCAAUAUGGACAAUGUGGAGAUAAAGGACAAUAUAUACAUUUCACUCCAAACUUCCUGUUGGCUAAUAAUUUGCCCAUCUAUGGGCCCCGAGGCAGAGUAUUUGUCCAUGAAUGGGCUCAUCUCCGGUGGGGAGUGUUCGAUGAGUAUAAUGAGGACCGGCCAUUCUAUAUUUCCAGAAGGAACACUGUUGAAGCAACAAGAUGUUCCAGUCAUAUUUCUGGUAAGGAGUUGGUCCAUGAUUGCAAGGGGGAUAGCUGUAUAAAUAGGCCAUGCAGACGUGACUCCAAGACGGGGCUGUAUGAAGCAAGAUGUAGUUUUAUCCCAGAAAAAUCCCAGACUGCAAGGGAAUCCAUAAUGUAUAUGCAACAUUUCGAAUCUGUGACUGAAUUUUGUACUGCAGAAACACACAAUAAAGAAGCCCCAAACCUACACAACAAAAUGUGUGAUCGCAAAAGCACAUGGGAUGUAAUUAUGGGCUCUGAUGAUUUUCGGAAUGUAUCUCCCAUGACAGGAAGGAAUCCACCACCUCAUCCUACAUUUUCAUUGCUCAGGUCCAAACCACGAGUCGUGUGUUUGGUACUUGAUAAAUCUGGAAGCAUGGCUUCAGAAGACCGUCUCUUUCGAAUGAAUCAAGCAGCAGAACUAUACUUGAUUCAAAUUAUUGAAAAGGGAUCUUUGGUUGGGAUGGUCACAUUUGAUAGUUAUGCUCAAAUCCAAAAUAAUCUAAUAAAAAUCACUAAUGAUACCUCUUACCAAGAUAUCACUGCAAACCUGCCUCAAGCAGCAAAUGGUGGAACUUCAAUUUGCAGUGGACUCAAAGCAGGAUUUCAGGUAAUUUCCCAGAGUAACCAGCAUACUUCUGGUUCUGAAAUCAUAUUGCUAACAGAUGGGGAAGAUAACACAAUAAGUUCAUGCUUUGAGGAGGUAAAACAAAGUGGUGCAAUCAUCCACACCAUUGCUCUGGGACCUUCUGCUGACAAAGAACUGGAGACCCUGUCAAAUAUGACAGGAGGAUAUCGUUUUUAUGCCCAUAAAGACAUCAGUGGUCUUAUUGAUGCUUUCAGUAGAAUUUCAUCUAGCAGUGGCAAUAUCUCUCAACAGGCACUUCAGUUGGAAAGUAAAGCAUUGAAUAUUCCAGGGAAGAAAUGGAUAAAUGGUACAGUGCCUGUGGAUAGUACAAUUGGAAAUGAUACUUUCUUUGUCAUCACAUGGACUGUACAAAGGCCAGAAAUUCUUCUUCAAGAUCCAAAAGGAAAAAAAUAUCAUACCUCAGAUUUCAAAGAAGACACACUAAAUAUUCGGUCUGCCCGUCUUCAAAUACCAGGUAUUGCAGAGACAGGCACUUGGACUUACAGCCUUCAAAAUACGCAUGCCAACCCUCAGUUGCUGACAGUGACAAUGACCACUCGAGCAAGAAGCCCUACCACUCUCCCCGUAAUUGCAACUGCUCACAUGAGUCAAAACACAGCUCACUAUCCUAGCCCGAUGAUUGUUUAUGCACGAGUCAGUCAAGGGUUUUUACCAGUUCUGGGAAUCAAUGUAAUAGCCACUAUUGAAACCGAAGAUGGACAUCAAGUAAUGUUGGAGCUCUUGGACAACGGUGCCGGUGCUGACACUGUCAAGAAUGAUGGUAUCUACUCAAGGUAUUUUACAGAUUACCGUGGGAAUGGUAGAUACAGCUUAAAAGUGCAUGCCCAAGCAAGAAAAAACACAGCUAGACUAAGUUUAAGACGGCAGCAAAAAGCUCUGUAUUUACCAGGCUAUGUUGAAAAUGGUACAAUUAUCCUGAACCCUCCCAAACCUGAAGUCAACGUGGCAGUAGCUAAAGUAGAAGACUUCAGCAGACUGACCUCUGGAGGUUCGUUUACCGUAUCAGGAGCGCCUCCUGGUGGUAAUCAUACUCACGUGUUCCCACCUGGUAGAAUUACAGACCUUGAGGCAGCGUUUAAAGGAGAGUAUAUUCAACUUUCAUGGACUGCCCCUGGCAAGGUCCUUGACAAAGGAAGAGUUGACAGCUACAUUAUAAGAAUAAGUGAGUGCUUCCUGGACCUCCAAGAAGAUUUUGAUCAUGCCGCUUUAGUAAAUACUUCUGGUCUGAUACCUAAGGAGGCUGGGUCAACAGAACAUUUUGAAUUUAAACCAGAACUUUCUAAAAUAAAAAAUGGCACCAACUUCUAUAUCGCGAUUCAAACCAUGCAUGAUGCCAACCUCACAUCAAAGGUUUCUAACAUUGCACAAGCAACCAAGUUCAUUACUUCAAAUGGACCCAGCAUCCCUGAUCUGGGUACCAAUAUUUCUUCAAUCAGUUUGGCAAUGUUUGGAUUAACUGUAAUUUUAUCCAUAUUUUAA